GCCAAAUGCACGGGAUGAUGAGAGGGAGUCUCUGAAGGGCGCAGGUAGCUCGUUACUAGUUAUGCUCCCUCCUUUUGUUGCCCCACCUCCUCCACCCAUCGCUCAAGCCAGCUCUCACUGCCAGGGUCACAUCUAUCCAGCCUGCUGGCUCUCCCUAGCCUCACACCGUCGCAAGGUCGUAUCAAGUCUGCUGACUUGUCUGUUUCUCCUUCAGUUGUUUCGAAGUGUCCGAUCUCCAACGUCACUUCAAAACAAAGUUAACCACCCUGGAUCAGGUUGCGUGCAGAUUUACGUUACGACCACGCUGAGGAAGAUCAGCGGUCUUUCUGAAACUUGCUGACAUUCCUUGAGCCACUUCAAUUCGUCCUUUCGAAUGCGAUAACUAUUCUGUCUUGCGUCCCCAAAAGUCUCCUGCGUUCUUACAAGUCUCCCUUCGUUCUUCGUUAGCCUCGGCAGGUACCCGCCCGAGGACCUCACCCCUUUGCACAGCUCCGGGUCCAAUAUACAGAUCGCUAAGUGAGAGACUGCGUACUGCUACUGCGAGAUCACGCUUGAAGAAGCUUGCGUGAUUACGAGAGCGCAUCCCGCGAACCGAAGCAGUUCGAAGCCUUGUGCCAGCUGGUUUCAUACGAUCCUCCCUUUCCGCACCAGAGCCUCAAUAUGUUGUUGACAAGUUUAGCGGAAGACGACGACCACAGUAUGGCAGUCGAGUCAUAUGAUGAAGAUGAUGCUCCGCAGGAAAAGGGUACACUUGAAGAUGGUCCAGAGGGAAGGCUGCCAGGAGACCGUGCAAUCGACAACUUUUUACAGCCACUUGUCAUCGAAGAUGCGAAGUUAUACCAGUUGGCAUGCUGCUUCUCCAAGGUUUAUGAGAAACUUGCAAAAACCUCCGAUCAACAAUUUCUGCCGACGCCAGUAACGCGGCUUCCCACUGGGCAGGAAACGGGCCGAUAUUUGGCGAUUGACGUUGGUGGAAGCAAUCUCAGGGUUGCCUUUAUUGACUUAUUAGGCGAAGCGGCCGAUCAAAUCGAUGGCGAAUCAGAUGAGGAGAAAUCGCGCGAAACUUUACGUAAAGCACAGCGUAAUCGAGUCCGAAGGUCGUUAGAGAAGGCGUGGCCAAUAGAGGAACGCUUGAAGACAGAUAAGGCGGAAGAUUUGUUCUUGUGGAUAGGAGAUUGCAUGGCGGAGGUUGUUGCAGACAGUUUGACGGCGGAGCUCGCAGAUGGUGCCCAAAUUCCUGAAGAACUGGAGAUGGGGAUUACCUUUAGCUUUCCAAUGAUGCAGGAAUCAUUAUCAGAGGCUAUCCUGAUGCCCAUGGGUAAAGGAUUCAAGUGGGUAAAUUCGACGGAUCUUAACCUUGGGAAGAUAUUAUUAGCCGGAUACGAGAGGCACACUCGGCGACCAUACGGCUCAAAUGAGCCAUCAGUGAAGCGGAGGAAACUGUUUGCUCUGCCAAAAUUAAAAAUCGCUGCAAUAACCAAUGAUACGGUUGCUACCCUAGCAUCGUUAGCCUAUUUGGUUAAGUCUCUGCCGAAUAGCCGCGUUGCAAUGGGUAUUAUUGUUGGUACCGGCUGCAAUGCAACGAUCCCUAUGAAAUUAUCAGAUUUACACGAAUCAAAAGCGAUACAGGUAUCUUCACACGAUGCCAAUGCAAGCGAAACAAUUGUUAAUACAGAAUGGACGAUAAAUGGUGCCGCUCCACCUCUACGAGAAUUGAAUGUUACUACUGUGUGGGAUUCGAUCCUGGACAGCCAGUGUGCUCGUCCAGGAUUUCAACCUUUUGAGUACAUGACUGGUGGCCGCUACAUCGGCGAACUAGUCAGGAUAAUUUUCUAUGACUACUUGACAUCGGUAGUAGGCCUGCCAAAGAAAGAUCUCCCGGCAAUUUUGGUACAGGGAUAUGCACUGAGCACCACGUACCUUUCAUCGGUGGUUGCAAAUACACCCUCGGAUUCGGCCCUGGCUGCGAAGCUCGGAGCCACUCUGCCACCACCAGAAUCAAGCUCCUGGAACUGGGACGUCGCCACGGCCCGGGCAUUCCGAAAGGUAGCUCGAGCCGUACAAACCAGAUCGGCCGCACUCAUUGCCUCUGCAGUAGUCGGGUUGCUGGCUUGCAACAAAGAGAUCAAACUUCGCCAUGAUGGAGCCACCAACCCACGUAGGGCAUCCAACAUCAUAGUUCCUGAGUUCAACGCAUCCACAGAUACUCUCACAGAUGUAUAUCGACCUAAAAUCUCCAACACCACUAAUGAUAUAAAUAACUCCGAAAUUUCUGCCGCAGUUGAAGUUGAAGGCUGGCAGUCCGGCCCAGAGGAGUUGGUUGUCGCUUAUACUGGCGGCAUUAUCCAGCAUUAUCCUCAUUUCAAAGAGGCAUGCCAAAGCUUUAUUGACCGAUUGGUGAUUUGGGAUGGACCGCAGGAGAGUGGAAAGUCCGUGUUUCUGAGAGAGGCAUCGGAUGGGGGGAUUAUUGGGGCCGGUGUUUUGGCCGGGAUGGUCUCCAGCAGUUGA